GUGCUUUCUGUGGGAUUCCACCAUGGUGUACCACGGCCAGGGCCAGAAAGUGCAGAAGGUUAUGGUGCAGCCCAUCAACCUCAUCUUCAGAUACUUACAAAAUAGACCCUGGAUUCAGGUGUGGGUCUAUGAGCAAGUGAAUCUGUGGACAGGAAGCUUUAUCAUUGGUUUUGAUGAGUGUAAGAACCUUGUAUUAGGUGAUGCAGAAGAGAUUCAUUCUAAAACAAAGUCAAGAAAAAAACUGGGUGGGCUCAUGCUAAAAGGAGAUACUAUUACUCUGCUACAAAGUGUCUCCAACUUGAGAUGAUCAAUUAAGUGAGAAAUUGUUGAAAAAGAUACACUUUGUUUUUUAGAUAUCCUUUAUCCAAUAUGAACAUUUAUUCACAUUGUUUUGAUUACCCUUUUAUCAUUACAAGAUGACAAUAAAUGCUGUAGGAUUGUUUGAAUUGAAAAGAAAG